UUCCGGGCGGGAGUCUCAGUUUUGCGAUCGAGGGGCGGGGAGGACGAGGUGGUUCUUCGAGCCCGACCAUGCGUGUUAAAAGAGCUUUGAAGUUGGACAGCUGUUCCAUGGAAAAAGGGCCUGCAACACCACUGGUGAGAAAGAAGAAAAAUCUCAAGUCUUAUUCACCAACAACAGGAACAUGCGUAAUCAGUCCAUUUUCAAGUCCCAGGAGCAAUAAUGUACGAGAGCACAGAAAUGAUCUAUCAAAUGGGAGCAGAAAGGAAGUCCAUGACUUGCUGAAGAGCUCAUCCAAACAAGGACAACUUCAAGUGGAGAAGAAUGACAAAUUCUUAGUGGUACAGCCUGUAGUUGAGGAUUCACUGGAAAGAUUCAUGCAACUGAGGCGGAAAUUGACCAAUUUACAGGCUUUAGAGGGCACCAGAGAGCUUGAAAAUGUCAUGGGUGUUUUAGACAACUCCUGCAACUUAAAAAGCGAAGUGAGAAAAAACAGAAAGUUAUUGGAACAAGUAAGAAAACUGAAGCAACUGAGAAGAAACCACGGAGGCCUUCCUGCCCGAGAAUCUCAUCAACCUGUGAACAGCUUUGAAUUCCUUAAAUCCAUCAUUGAAUAAGUGCAUGAAAAGGACUUGGUUCUACUGCAUCAACUGUGCAACGGCUACCAUAUGCAAAAUUCUGCAACAAAUGAUGGAAUUUGAAAGUGAGAGAUGACUUUGCUCUUUUGCUGAUGCUGUUAUUUUUAUUACUGUUUGCAAUACAAGCAUUUUUGUUGGGAGAUCAGUCAUGGCCACUUUUUCUUCCCAUAACGCAUAAGGCCUUAAUGAAAGCUCAAAAUAUUUAGCAAAUUAAUUGGCCUUCCUUUUUAAAGUUGAUAUUACCUUUGAAGGCAAUGUGCCUUUUUCCAAAUGGAGGUGUAAUUAAAUUAAUUGUUAAAUUAUGUUGGAUGUCAUAAGACAGAAACACCAAAUUUUGUUCAGAUAAAAAUCGGGAUGGUUAUUUCAAAUUCAAUAUGUGAUGCUGGCUUUGGGCAGCUCUUCUUUCUUACACUCCAAUUGAUGCAGCUUCACCUUCAUUCCUUUAAACUAAAUCAGUCAUAAAAAUAGGUAACUUUAGUCACAGAUCUCUGUACCUGAAGAUACCAUAGCAGAUGUUAUUGUAUUUUGUGAUUGAAUCUUUUCAAUUGGUUCUUAGGAGUUACAACCAGUCGCUUAUGCUUUGGUUAUAUGUUUUCAAAUUUCUUUUCUUGAAAUAUUAAACCUAGUGAGGUCCUUUCCUAUUGAAAAAUUGUGAAUUAAAAUAAAACUGGGAGACAUUUUUAACAUCUAUUAUGUUUCACACUUCAAAGUAAGUGUAAUAUCUCAUUUUAGAUACUAUGUGAAUAUGUAAUAAAGAUAAGAAUUAUCAUGUAGUUAUGAACAGUGUGCAAUGGAAACAAUAGUGUAUAAUUGCUGUUUAAUCAUUUUUAGCCAACCUAGGCCUUAACCGAAGAAUAACUCUCCCUGGGUGCAAUAUUCUGCAACUGCCUAAUCCUACUUAAACGGUUGAAAAGAAACACUGUAAAUCUAUCUCCCUAGCAAAUACCAGCUAAGGACUGCUCAGUAGACUAGGCAGGUGCACAUCUAGAUAUAGUUUCCUGCAUCUAAUUUAAACUUUACAGUCUGCACAACCAUAUAAUCUCAAUGUAAAUAGUAUAGUUGUUCAUAGUUCUCUUAUGCAAAUGGGUAAUGGCAUAAGUUGAAUUACUUCUGUGUGGUUACAAAGCCCAGUUUUUGCACUACCUUGGAAAAUGCUUCAAUGAGCUUUUCCUUGUAUUUGGGAAGAAGAGCUACUCUUAGAGAGAGGCACAAUUUCCCAGGCCUUCAAAUAAACUGAAAAUUUCACAGCAAUUAUAUGCUCCAGGUUCCCUCUGAAGGCGUGCCAGUUUUACCGCAAACAAUGAAGGUUGCUUGCCAAUUUGUGGGGCAUUGUUUAUGCAUCUUAUCAACACUAAGCAACACAAGCAGCUUGCUGACUAUCUUUGACUAGCACCAUCCACUUAAUAGCACACGGAGCAUUUUUAGUUAUUACCAUCCCUUGACUUAAGAAAAUAUCAGAGACAUCUCAUUUUUCAGUGCUAGAAAAUAAUAAA